GAACAUUCGUUUGAGGAUUUUUCUGUCGUUCGUGAUGACAUUAGAGAUGUAUAUGUGGUGAGAGUACAGAUGUCACCCAAACGAGCGACAAAAACUGCGAUAAUCUGGUUCAAGAUAAGCGCUCUACAGCCAUGGAUCACAUGCCCUUGAGGAGUAAUUCAAAAGUGAAUACAUCGUACUGCAAGUAUGUCAUGAACUACUAUGAGUUCAUACCAGCCGGCGACACAGAAGUUUUCAAGCCCUUGGCAGCUGAUCCGGUUCCGAACAAAGGAAUAGGCUACAUCAAGAACAAUCUCUUAUACUCCCAAGGGACAAAAAAAAGUUUACGGGCAUAUUGGUGGGUUGUACUUUUAAAAAACAGAGGACGUGAUCGAGAAUGUGGUGACAAUUACUUUCUCUGAGGGCUUGGUCCGACCGUGGGGAGGCAGCUCGAUCAGCUUGUGAGGCUCGUGGUUCAUGACUCCAGACGGUCAAGCUGAUCUUGAUAACCAGGAGCUGGCCAUCGUGGGUGGACAGGGCCAAUUCAGAGGUGCCACGGGUUUUGUCAAGUACGAGAAAGUGGAGAAGAAUCCGCAAACCGUGUACCAUGUCACUUGCCACAUCUAUGUUCCUGACUUCUUCUGCUGUGAUCACGAAAUUGAAAUCAACAUCAACGAGCUGCGCGAAGCUGAUGCCAAACCGUGCGACUUUCACGAUCAUGGAGAUGAUCGUGGUCAUGAUCGUAGCUUUGAUGGUCAUUAUCGAAGAGAGUAGGGCGACCGCUUGAAGGUCCCAUGGCUGCUGGAAGUGAAUCCGACUUGUCUGCCGUUUUGCGACGAUACUCUGGCGGUGGUGUGAGGCAGAUACGACAAGCAUGGAGUUGUUUUCCCCGACAAAGUUUGUGAGCUUUAUCAGACAGUACCUUUUCAGUAGAAUUAUAUUCUGUAUAUUCACACAGGCAUAUGUAGUUCCGGAAUUUAGUAUAGAACUCAUACUAGGCUUGCAUAUCCUAUUAGGCCCAUUUGAAGUCAUCUGCUUUUCCAUAAUUUUGGCUCGAUGCAACAACGCGACAACCAGAGGCACACGAUUACAUGCCAAAUCAUGCCUAUUCAGAUGGCUCUAGGUAACUAAGACCGCUAGGUUCAGUUGACUUCGAAAGCUGCUGUGCGUGCUCCAGGUCCACCUGGUCUUGGACCAUUUCACACUCACGAUCCAGACCAGGGGUCUCAACAUUCCUCCCGUUGAAGAGUUUGACGUCAUGGAUGGCUCGGGAGCCUAUGUGUCCAAUAUGCCUAGGUAUAAAUUGAAAUGAUGUUCUUU